AUGGCCAUGUUUAGUUCUGGACAGCUCCUGUCUUCACUAAGCCCUGGAAUCUUGCACUCCCCAGCGGCCCACUUCUUCCCUGCGUUUUCAAACAGACUUGGUCCUCCUCAGCUCCUGAUUCCAGCUCCGUUGUUCAGUUAUGAGCUGCUGCGCACCUACCUGCAGCCUGAACCCUGUAAACAAGCUCUGCUGCUGGCCUCGCAGACGUCUGCUAUGGUUCAGUUUUCCAAUGACAUGGAUGAGCCACGGCCCGCCAAGCAGCGGCGCGCUCGCGCCAACUACAGCAGCUGGCAGCUGGAGGAGCUGGAGAAGGCCUUUGAGAGCACGCACUACCCUGAUGUGUUCAUGAGAGAGGCCCUGGCACUUCGACUGGACUUGAUCGAGGCCAGAGUGCAGGUGUGGUUCCAGAACCGCAGGGCCAAGAUGCGCAGACAGAUGAAGCUUCAGGGCCAGAGUGGGGACCAGUCAGUGCCAUCCAAAAAGACCACAGAGCCAGAGAGUGGCAAGAUGCCAUUCUGGGACAGAAAGCAGGAGAAAAGCCCUGGCCACAGUCCACACCAGGAGGACAGAGAGCGAGCAGGGUCAGGAGAGGCCAGCCCAGAGGAGUUCCGUUACUGCAGCAUUGCCAAACUGAGGGCCAAGGCCAGGGAUUACGAGGCUGAAAUCCACAGCUCAGUGGCCAAAAGCAGCAGGGAGUGGCUUAACCUACACAUUUAUGAAAGUGACUGA